AUGGCUUCUCCUCAGGUCUUCAUAACUGGUGCUUCGGGUUAUAUUGGUGGAGAUGGCCUUCACGCCAUUGCCAACGCUCAUCCCAACUGGCAGCUGUCGGCUUUGGUCCGCAGCCAGGAAAAGGCAGAGCAGGUCAAGGCCCAGUACCCGAAGAUUCGGAUUGUUCGCGGUGACCUAGACUCUUCUGAUAUUAUUGAGGAAGAAGUCAAGAAUGCCGACAUCGUCUUUCACUUCGCCGACUGCGACCAUGUUGCCGCAGCCAAAGCCAUUGCCAAGGGCUCUGAGCACCAUACAGCUGAGCGUCCUCUCUGGAUCAUUCACACCUCUGGCACUGGCAUUCUGACUGUCGAGGACCAGCGCGCUAAGUCCUACGGCAUUGAGCGUCCCAAGGAAUACAACGACUGGGAGGGUGUGAGCGAGCUCAUCAACCUGCCCGGAGAUGCAUUCCACCGCAACGUCGACGAAAUUAUCAUUAAUGCCGGCAAGCGUGAUCCCGCCAGCGUUCGCACUGCGGUUGUCUGCCCGCCUUGCAUCUACGGCCCUGGCCGUGGUCCCUGUAAUCAAAAGAGUAUACAGGCUUACCUGCUGGCCAAAGCAGUUUUGAAGCGUGGUAAGGGCUUCCUUGUCGGAAAGGGCGAGAAUGUUUGGCACCAGGUGCAUGUUCGUGAUUUGAGCAACGUUUACGAGGCCCUCGGUGCCGCGGCCGCUGAGGGCGGUGGCAAGGCCACUUGGAACAACGAGGGUUAUUACCUCGCUGAGAACGGUCCCUUCGUCUGGGGUGAUAUUCAAAAGAAGGUUGCCAAGGAGGCUUUCGCGCAGGGCUUCAUCAAGUCCCCAGAGGUCGACUCCUUGAAUGAUGCCCAAACUACUGAGAUCCUUCCCGCUGGAGUUUAUGCGUGGGGCUCUAAUUCUCGGGGUCACUCCAUUCGUGCUCGCAAGCUGUUUGGUUGGGAGCCGAAGCAGCCCAAGUUGAUUGAUUUGAUCUCUGAAAUUGUUGCGCUUGAGGCUAAGGACCUUGGCUUGAAAUAG